CAUUAAUGGGCAACAUUUGUCGGUAAAGUCCAAUUAAUGAUAAAAAUGAUAUAGAAGUGAACACAUCCUAACCUCCUCCUAUUUAAUAAGUUCAUCCCCCAAAACCUGAUGAGGUUAAGGCUCAAGCACCUGAGAAAUAGGAAGAACCAGCUUAAUCAAUCGAUUAAGCAAAAUAAGAGAACGAAGUAUUUAUUAAAAUUCUAUACAACUUAGCCUAAAAGAAAAGAGCAAAAGAAGAUGGCAAAGAUAGCUGCAGUUAUCGAUCAAGAAGUUAUUUAUGAGAAUGUGCAAAAACAAGAGAAAGUGAAAAGUCCAUUUGAUUUUUAAUUGCUUUUGAAUGCUUUUGGAAAUAGCUUUAUAUUUGGGUAAUUACAACCAGAAGACAAGUAUAUAAAUAAUUUUAGUAGUUAAGAGUGAAAGUAAUUGAUAAAAUGUUUUAUUGCACUGUUCAUGAUGGUGAAAUGGUUUUUAAAUAGGGAGAUAAGGCAAGUUCAUACUUUCUAAUCGAGCGUGGAUAGUGCUAAAUUAUCAUCAAUAAUGAAUUAAAAAAAACUUUAAAAAGCGGCGAAGCAUUCGGAGAGCUGGCCUUAUUAUAUAAUGCACCAAGAUCCGCUACCGUUAAGGCAGUAGGAGGUAAAAAAUGUUACAUUUUUAGAUUGUGCAUUCUGGGCAAUUGAUAGAAAUACUGUGAGAAAAGCUAUUGAAUCAAUUUCAUAAAAGGACUAUGAUUAGAAUAAGGAAUUCAUUAAUAAAGUGCCGUUUUUUGGUAUUUUAACAUAUUACAAAUAGAAUCAUUAACUGAUGAUUAAAAAGCAGCAAUUCCAUCGGCAUUAAUAAAUUUAAAUUUCAAAGCUGGAGAGAUUAUAGUAAAUGAAGGAGAUCAGGCUGACUCAUUCUUUAUCAUAAAAAAGGGAGAAAUAUAGAUAUCUAGAGGAGGGAAAGAACUAAGAAUAAUGAAGGCAGGGGAUUCUUUGGGAGAAUAAGCAUUAUAAUAGAAUUCAGUUAGGGGGGCCACUGCGAAAGCAAUUAAAGAGGAUGCCACAGUUUUAGCUUUAGCAAGGGAUGAUUUAACAAGAAUUUUGGGAGACAAGAUAUAAUUGAUUAUGUACAGUAAUCUUUAGCGAUGGGCAUUUGAAAGACAUGUUGUGCUUAGCAAGUUGACUAAAUUGCAAGUGGAAAGAAUUGUGAGCAAUAUGCAACAGACACAAAAGAAAAGUGAUGAAGUAAUCAUAGAGAAAGGUUAAGCGUGUAGGGAGAUAAUUAUUGUAUUGUAAGGGUCAGUAAGGUACGGAAAGGAAAUCUUAGAGAAAGGAUAAAUGUUUGGAGAUAAAUUUUUAGAUCAAGGAGAAAAUGUUAAGUUGGGAGAGCCUGUUAUAAUGAAGGAUGAAGGAAUGAUAGCAACAAUAACAUUUAAAUAGUUCUUUGAGAUUAUUGGAGGAUCCUUAGAGCAAAUCUUUGCUAAGAAUGAAAAAGCCCAUGAUAGGUUUAUAAAGAAGGAGGAAGGUCAAAAAUAGGAUGUUUUUAAGCAUUUUUAAUUGGAUCAAUUGAUUUAUGUGAAGAAAUUAGGUUCGGGAUAAUUUGGAAAUGUUUAUUUGGUGCAUAACAAAAUGGAUAAAAAGAUAUAUGCUUUAAAAUGUAUCUCGAAAGCUCAAAUUAUUGAAUAAAAUCUUGAAAAGCAUUUGGCCUAAGAAAAAAUAGCCUUGGAAACUGUUAACUUUCCACUUAUAAUGCACUUUGCUAGAAGUUUCAAGGACACAACUUAUAUAUAUUUUUUGGAAGAGUAUAUCAGAGGAAUGGAACUUUUCGAUGUAAUCAGAGACAUUGGAUUGCUUAAUACAUAUGAUUCUCAAUUCUAUAUUGGGUCUCUGAUUUUGUGCAUGGAAUAUUUGCAUUUGAAUAAUAUCAUAUACAGAGAUAUUAAACCAGAGAAUAUCAUGAUUGAUGAAAAAGUAUUAUAGAUAUAUCUAUAAAUAUUAGGGGUUCAUGAAAUUGAUUGAUUUAGGAACAGCUAAGAAUUUAAAGAGUAAAAAUGGUAGAACAUACACUAUUAUUGGAACUCCUCAUUAUAUGGCCCCAGAAAUUUUAACAGGCAAAGGAUACACAUAUUCAGUUGAUCUAUGGUCCAUAGGAAUCUGUUUGUAUGAAUUUAUGUGUGGAAAUGUUCCAUAUGCUGAAGAUGCAGAUGACCCGUAUAUUUUUUAAUGAACCAUUUAUUAGAUAUGAAAUAUAUGAGGAAAUUUAAAAGAAAUAGUUAACGUUUCCCUCAGUAUUGAAAGAUAGAAAAGCAAAGAAAUUGAUUGAGUAAUUGUUGAGUAAAACUCCAGAGCUCAGACUAGGAUCCUCUUAUGCUAGUUUAAAAAACAACCCUUUUUUCGAAAGAUUUGAUUAUGUAUAUUGGAAUGUAUAAUUUAGGAUCUUCUCAUUAAUAGAGAAUUAAAACCUCCUUAUUUGCCACCCAAAAAUAAAUUGCAUAGUGAAAAAGAUAUUUAAAAGGCUAUCCAGGUUGGUAAAUUGAUUACCGAAGAAAUUAAAGUACAGUGUAAUUAGUAGACUAGAAUGAUCUUGCCACUGCUUAGAAUGUUUACAAGCCUGAAAAAGCCCGUGAUCCUAAUUGGGAUAAGGAUUAUUGAU